AUGGCCUCCUCUCGACCACAAGGUCGGCGGCGAACGACGCUCCUCGCCCUGGGUCUGGUGGCCAUCUUCAUCUGGCUCGUCUCCCAUUAUGGGUCACAUUCAGGAGAACACAAUCAUGUCAGCUCAGCCGCCCACGGCGAGUUCUGGCGCCAGUUCCAACCCCUGUUAAUACAAUGGAGACCAAACUGCGACCCCCCAGAACGACUCGGCAAGGCAGAAUCAGUUGGCUUCGACCCCAAAACCACCGAACAACCACCCAACCUCACAUCAAUGCCAGACGAAGACGUCCUGAAAAUGAAACACGCACACAGCAAGUUCGUACACGCCAUCGCCAAGGAACCCCCAGCACUGGCCUACGAACCCGGCACGCGGGGAAUAGUCUCAACCGCGGGCGGCUCGUAUCUACCCGUGCUAGUAAUCUCGUUACGAAUGCUGCGGCAGACAGGUUCCAAUCUACCCAUGGAAGUAUUCCUCGCCGACUGGGAGGAGUACGACGGCUUCAUCUGCCAGGUAGUGCUACCGUCCCUGAACGCCAAAUGCGUCCUGCUCUCCGAGAUCCUGGAUACGGUGCCGGACAGCAAGACCAAGAUCGAGAAGUACCAGUACAAGCCGUUCGCUAUGCUCUUCUCCUCCUUUGAGGAGAUCCUCUUCCUCGACGCGGAUGCCUUCCCGCUCCAGAAGCCCGAGCUGGCGUUCACCAGCGAGCCCUUCAAAUCCAAGGGUCUGAUCACCUGGCCAGAUUUCUGGGGACCCACUGCCUCACCUCUGUUCUAUACGAUCUCGUCGCAGGAGAGACCCGCGCCGAAUAUCCGGCAAUCGACGGAGUCGGGCGAGGUGUUUAUAUCCAAGCGCUCGCAUCUCAGGACCCUACUUCUUGUUGCCUACUAUAACUACUGGGGGCCCGGGUAUUACUACCCGCUCCUCUCGCAGGGCGCAGCAGGCGAAGGCGACAAGGAGACCUUCAUCGCGGCCGCGAUGGUCUUCAACGAACCUUUUUACCAGGUCAGUGAGCCCAUCCGCGCGCUGGGCCGUCACACGAACGAUGGAUUCGCCGGCUCGACCAUGGUUCAGUAUAGCCCGAUGGAGGACUACGCCUUGACCAAGAAGGGCGAGUGGCGGAUCAAGGGGGCCAGCGUUCCGGCGCCGAAACCGUUCUUCGUGCAUAUCAACUUCCCCAAGUUCAAUCCCGCGACGGUGUUCUCGGAUAACGGACCCGUGGUGAAGGAGGAUGGCAGCUAUACGUUGGCGUGGACGGCUCCGGACGAUGUGAUUGAGUCGUUUGAGCCGGAUCUGCAGCGUCAGUUGUGGAAGGAGAUUCGGUGGACGGCGUGUGCGCUUGAGGGCAAGAGUAUUAGUUGGAAGGGACAGACGGGGAUCUGUGAGAAGGUCGAGGAUUAUUGGAAUACUAUCUUUCGUUAA